AUGCAAAGCUCAUAUUCGUUUCAAGAAAAACAAAGAAGGAAAUUUGAAGCUGUUACACAUGAGUUGGAGCAUAAUCAUGAAUUGGUUAUAGCAGUUCAACGACAUCAUCUAAGUUCAGAAAGGCAAAUAUCAGCUCCAAUGGGUGAACUAAUUGAGAGCAUGGUUGAAAGUGGUAUCAAACCAAUGGAUGCUUACAAUUAUAUCACCAAUGAAGCUGGAGGAGAAGAAUGUGUAGGUCAUACUAAGAGAGACCACCUUAACUAUGUAUCAAGGGUGAAAAUGAGUAUGGUUGAAAGUGGAGACAUGCAGAAUGUAUUAGAUACCCUUCAAGAGAGAGCAGAUAAUGAUCCUUCAUUCUUUUAUAGACUGAAAUUUGGAGAAGAAAACAAUGUGAUGAGCUAUUUUUGGCGUGACUCUCAAAUGCUUGAAGAUUUCAAAGCCUAUGGUGAUUUUUUAAUCUUCGAUACAACAUACAGAACAAACAAAUAUGGGUUGAUAUGUGCACCGUUUGUUGGUAUAAACUGUCACUGGAGAACAACAAUGUUUGGAUGUGCAUUCAUAAGUGAUGAAAAGACUGAUACAUUUGUUUGGCUUCUUAAAAUUUUCAAAAAGUCAAUGUGUGGAAUCGAACCAAAAUCAAUCUUUACGGAUUAG